AGGAUACAGAAUGCCAAAACCAAGACACGUUGAGAUUAAACUGUGAGUUAUAAUACGAGUAGGGAAAAGAAAGUUCUAAGAAAUGAAAAAAAUCAUCAGUACGGAUUCAGUUCUAAAAAUCAGUAGCCAUGCUAAGACUAUUAGGUUUCCGUAACUGUACCUGCGUAUUCAGAUCCUCUGGAAUGAGUGAGGUCCCCGAUCAUCCAGAGCCUAAAAAUUAGAGGGGGACCGGCCUCGUCAAAAACAUUUAUCGGCCCUCGGGGGGGGGGGGGUUAAAUUCGACCAAAAAUAAGCGUGGUCCAGGUCCCUCCCCUAGUUCGGCUAGUGAUGUAGUGGUGAAUAAUAUGUUUUUAUGUUUUUCUCUAUUAGCUAUCAGAUUAUGCUUGACUGUUGGAGGGAAAACCCAGUGGAUCGUCCUACGUUUGAAAGACUGAGGAACACAAUGAAGGAGAUGGAGGGAAAUCAUAAGGUAAGAAGAGUAAGAACUUUCUUUAAAUUAAAAGGGAGAAACAAUCAUGGAUACGGGAGGUUCAUUUAGGGAAGAAGCUAGUGAUUGCUGAGAGGAGUGUGUAAAACCUCCCUCCCGCCCUCUUAUCCCAGUAUGAGAGACUGAUUAAAUAUUAAAUUGGUUACUGUACUUAUUUUUCAUUCCGCUUGGUUUCUUCAGAAGCAGUUUACUUUAAAACAUUUAUCCAUUACACUACAUGCCUUACUGACCAAGGGUCUACAAACCGCCCUUCGACCUGGUUAGCUCAUUUGGUUGAGUAUCAGAUUUUGCAAGGCAUAUAUAGGGUUCUAAAAUAACUGAUGAGAAGGAGUUUACAUUGUUUACAUUAUGUACAUAAAUAUUUUGAUCCCGAUCUCUCUCAACCAGGAUUACCACGAAAAAAAUUUACACCUCUCAGUUUUUCUUUUCAGUUGAUCUGAAUCUGUAGAAUUUUAAACCUCUAGGUAUGUAACAAAACGUUUGAUAUUAUAGUGACCACUUCUGGUGUGCCGCCGUCGUUAGUCGUGGGUUGAUAAUCUGAAGGGAGAGAUACCAAGAUGGGGAUAACUUGUCUGUCUGCCUUCAGUAAUCAUAAAAGUUGCCUGUAAGCUAUGUUUGAGUAUUGGGUGAAAUGAAUUGUUUUUGAGGUCGAAUGUGACUGAAUCAAAAUCCCACCAUCUCGUGCCUUUUACGUUUUUGCAUUUCUUUUAUUGUUUUCAUUUUUUCAGACAUAUGUCAACCUCAAACAAUAUGACCACAGCCUUUACGCUAAUGUAAACGACUUGAAAGCUAUGUGA